GAUCACUUUUGAUUUCAAUUUUUUUUUUCUGAUGAACAUCCUUUUUCAGAGAAUCACAGUCACAAUCAAAGAUUCAAGAAACAAAAAAAAACACGUUUUUUCAAUAAUUUCGGAUAAUUUCUUUCUGCCGGUUAUCGAAUUGAUAAUGAUGAAAUCAUUUAUUUUUCGAUCAAUUUUUUUAUUCAUAUUAUUGUUAUCAUUGUCAAUAUUAUCAUGUAAUUCACAACACAUUUUUCAAUUUACACAAAAAUUUCCAUCAAUUCAACGAAGUCGAUCGACGUUUGUAAACUUCGUAAAUCAACAUCGUACACCGAAAUUAUUGCGAUUCAAUAAUGAUGAACGACGAUCAAAUACCAUUAGUUCUCGGAUAGAUUCAUUAUUAUCGCCUCGAAAAAAAUGCGAAAUUGGUACAUGUCAAUUUUAUUACAAUUGUGCAAGAAAAACAUCAUCACCAUCAAAAUUCUGUGAGAUGAAUAAUGGUUUUUCCGGUGUUUGUUGUCAUGAUAAUGUUUCGCAUUUUGGCAUAGGUAUUCCAGAAGUUCGACGAUUAACGACAACUUCGAAUUCAAUUAAACCAAAAGAAACUACAAAAUUAUUAACUCAACCAACUGUUAAUUUAGCCAAUUUUGAAUCGAAAGAAGCUCGUCAAACUAUACAGGAUCUUGUAUCGCUUGAAAAUGAAUUGCGACGAAAUGAUCUUGAACCGAAAAGUGGUACACAAGAAUUUUCUCAUCAAAAUUUUUUCGGUGGUAAUCAAUUAUCAUUGAAAGAAAUGAAUGAUGCUACACAGGCAUUAGAAAUGUUUAUCAGCUUUGUUAAAAGCCAAAACUUGUCUAUCGACGAUAUUCAGUCUAGUAACCUGAAUAUUCAAGACAUUUCUUCAUUGGCAGGUCUUUGUGAACCGAAUCCGGUUUGUCAAAACAUUCGAUACCGAAAUCCUGACGGCACUUGCAAUAAUCUUAUCUAUACAAAUCAAGGAAAAGCUGUCAGUACUUUUACUCGAUUGUUAUCACCUGAUUAUGGCGAUCGUAUCAAUGAGCCAAGACGUGCAAUGGAUGGAAGUGAAUUGCCAAAUGCACGACAAAUUUCAAUGCAUAUUUCACCGGAAUCACAAAUUGAAAAUGAUUUCUAUUCAACAAUGUUGAUGCAAUUCGGUCAAUUUAUUGAUCAUGACAUCAGUCGAACAGCCAUUACUCGAACUCAUGAUGACAAACGUAUAAGUUGUUGUGAUGAAAAAGUUCGUCAAAAUCAAAAACUUUUACAUCCAGCCUGUUUCGUCAUUCCAGUUCCUUUGGAUGAUUUUUUUCUUCGAGCUGAAUCACAGACUUGUAUCAAUUUUGUACGAUCAGCACCAGCUGUCAAUCCUAAAUGUAGAUUUGGACCACGAGAACAGCUAAAUCAAAUAUCAUCAUAUAUUGAUGGUGAUCACAUUUAUGGACCAUCAUUGCAGCAAGAAUCUCGACUUCGUCAAUUUCAAGGUGGAUUAAUGAAAGUAACAAUGUUAAAUCAACGACAAUUUCCACCCACCACUUCGAAUCGAAAUGAAGGAAAUUGUCAAAUUCCACGUACAUCUAACAUGAGUUGUUUUUUGGCUGGUGAUAUUCGUGCAAACGAAGUCGUUGAUCUUGUUGUUUUGCAUACAGUAUUCCUUCGUGAACAUAAUCGAAUUGCAACCAUAUUACAAAAUAUGCAUCAAAAUUGGAAUGAUGAAACUUUGUUUCAAGAAACAAAACGAAUCAUUAUAGCCGAAUUACAGCACAUUAUCUAUAAUGAAAUGUUGCCACUAAUUCUCGGACCAAAAACCAUUGAACAUUUUGGAUUAAAAAUUCGUGAUGGUUAUAGUGAUUCCUAUGAUCAGGCUGUAGAUGCUACAAUUUUAAAUGAAUUCAGUACAGCAGCAUAUAGGUUACAUUCAUUAGUGAAUGGUAUAUUGAAUCUAAAUUCACCGGAAAAUGAGAUUAUUGCUCAAAUUUCAUUGAGAGAUGUAUUUGCUAAUCCAUCUUUAUUAUAUCAACCUGGUGUAUAUGAUAUGCGAAUAGCCGGUCUAAUUGGACAAGGCAUGAAAAAUUUUGAUAAUUUUUUCACACGAGAUGUGACCAAUCAUUUGUUUCAAGCACCGGGCAAAAGAUUUGGACUUGAUCUAGUUGCAUUGAAUAUUCAACGUGGUCGUGAUCAUGGUAUUCAAAGUUAUGUUAAAUAUCGUGAACUUUGUGGUCUUUCAAAAGUGGAAUCGUUUGCUGAUCUUCGUAACGUGUUAUCAAAUCCAACCGUAGCCGAUGUUCUUAGCCAUUUAUACAAACGAGUAGAAGAUGUUGAUUUAUUCAUUGCCGGAACAUCUGAACAGAUUUUACCGGGUGCUGUUGUUGGUCCAACGUUUGCUUGUAUUAUCGGUGAACAAUUUCGACGUACCAAAGAAGGUGAUCGAUUCUGGUAUGAAAAUGGUGGCAUGGAAACAUCAUUCACGCCAGGACAAUUGGCUGAAAUUAAAAAGAUUUCUUUGGCAAAAAUUCUUUGCGAUAAUAGUGAUGUCGGUAUUAUGCAACGAUUCGCAUUGUUAAUACCGUCGGUCAGCAAUCCGAAAAUACGAUGCGAUCAAUUACCAUCGAUUAAUCUGAAUGAAUGGAUUUGAAUUUAUUAUGUUUUUUUCUUGUUUACAAUGAAUAAAAAAUUAACUUUUAUUUCAUAA